AUGCCGUUCUUCAAAAUCUUAAGGAAGGGAACCAAAUUCUUGUGGACAGCGGAAUGCCGGGCGGCAUUCGAGGAUCUUAAAGUGUAUCUGGCGAAGCUCCCGACUCUGAUCAAGCCGGUCCCGGGAGAAAUAUUGUAUCUGUAUAUAGCAGUGGGGGAAGAUGCAAUCAGCUCUGUGCUUAUCAGAGAGGAGGGAAGUCACCAGAAACCCAUCUACUUCGUCAGCCGAAUCAUCCAGGGUCCUGAAUUGAAUUACACAGAAAUCGAGAAGGCUGCUCUGGCGGUCAUGGUCACGGCAAGAAAAUUAAGACCUUAUUUCUUAUCACAUCGGGUAGUGGUGCGCACUGCUCUACCUUUUAGACAAGUGUUGGGGCGGCCGGAUUUGUCGGGAAGAAUGGUCAAAUGGGCUGUGGAAUUGGGGGAAUAUGAUGUGGAAUACGAGCCAAGAACAUCAAUUAAAGCACAAGAGCUGGCAGAUUUCAUCCAAGAAACAACUCGCCGUCCCGCGCCAGAGUUUUGGGUUGCCUUUGUGGACGGGUCAGUAACAAAAGAGGGAUGCGGAAUUGGGGUGUACAUCACAUCACCAGGUUACGGGACAUAUCAAUUUGCUAUUAAAUUCACCUGCCGGCUGUCCAACAAUGAGGCUGAGUAUGAGGCUGUGGUCAGAGGGGCGCAUAUCCUGUCGGAACUCAAGGCAGAAUGUGUCAUCAUCAAGACGGAUUCUCAGUUAGUAGCUCAACAACUGUCAGUGGCCUAUAAUGUCAAGGAUCAGCGGAUGAAGGCGUACCAUUACAAAAUCAACGAGAUGAAAGAAAAGUUCAUGGAAUUCAAAAUCGAACAGAUUGCCCGGGAGGAGAACACGAAAGCAGACUUACUGGCACGCAUGGCCAGCGCGGUGGAACAAACUUGGAGUGACGAGAUCAUUUUACUCUGUGAUACCAGAGAAAUGGGAACUUCACCAGUUUUCUCCGUCGAAAUCAGGGAUGACUGGCGAGCUCCGAUUAUGCAUUUUCUAAGAACAGGGGAGCGGUUUAGCAAAAAGUCUAAUCAGCGGGCUCGCUAUGAGAACUACUGUUUAAUCAACGAUCAACUCUACAAGCGGGCAUUCACUCAACCUUUACUCAAAUGUCUAUUUCCAGAGGAAGCUAAUUUUGCUUUGUUAGAAAUUCAUGCAGGUUGCUGCGGUGGUCACUCGGGAUUCCGCGAUCUCGUGCGCAAAAUCAUUCGGGCAGGGUUCUACUGGCCCAACAUCAACAAGGAUGCCAGAGAGUUCGUCCGCAGAUGUGAAGCUUUCCAGAGGCAUGCCGGGCGAAUCCACGUUCCAGGGGAAACCAUGGGAGUAAUGAACGCUGCCUGCCCUUUCGACAAGUGGGGCAUUGAUAUCGUCGGGAAGCUGCCCACGGCACCAGGGGGCAAGUGUUUCCUCAUAGUGGCAGUCGAUUAUUUCUCCAAGUGGGUCAAGGCCGAGGCCGUGGGAAAGAUUGAUGAGGUGACAGUGGAGCGCUUCAUUUGGCGGAAUAUAUGUUGCAGAUUUGGAGUCCCAAGGGUCAUUGUGUCAAACAAUGGAACCCAGUUUACAGGGCAGAGGAUUGCGGAUUUCUGUGACAGGAUGGAUAUCACCCAGCGCUUCGUAUCCGUAGCUCAUCCUCAAGCAAAUGGGCAAGUGGAGCUCGUAAACAGAUCAAUUUGCGAAGGCAUCAAAAAGCGGUUGAAUCAGAGCAGAGAGAAAUGGGUUGAGGAGUUGGACACCGUUCUUCGGGCCUACCGAACUAGCCCAAAGACAGCCACGGGCGAAGCACCAUUCACUCUGGUGUAUGGAUCCAACGCGGUGAUACCAGCAGAGGCAAGGUUGGAAUCAUAUCGCAUCAUUACCUACGAUACAGAGCACAAUGCCGAUCUCCGAAGAACAGAGCUUGACCUUGUUGAAGCACAAAGAGAAGAAGCUCAAGUCAAAGCAGCGAAAUAUAAGAGUGUCAUCAAAGCGGGAUACGACAAGGGGGUCAGAGCCCAGAAGCUGGCCAAGGGUGAUUUAGUUCUAAAAAGAGCCGACGCAUUAAAGGCAGUGGGCAAGUUCGAAGCUAAUUGGGAAGGCCCGUUCAUCGUCACAGAGGUCUUGGGCGGCGGAGCAUACAUAUUGUCGGAUUCAGACGGCAGAGCUCUCCCUAGACCAUGGAACAUAAAUACACUCAAAAAGUUUUAUGUAUAA